AAUUAAAAUAUUUUUAUUGCCGGUAUAUACAAUACAAAUUGUCAACGAGAGCUGCCUAUAGGUUAGAGUACUGGCUCACUAUAUCUGUAUUUUAUUUCCCAAAAAGUCAAAGUAAAAUGGCGCCCGACGAUCAAAUAUCUGAUCAAGAAAAGGUUCGAAUUGCUUCGGAUUUCAUACGCCAUGCCCCUCCUGGAGAAUUCAAUGAAGUGUUUACAGAUGUGCGUGUCCUCUUGAAUAAUGACACUCUCCUCAAAGAAGGAGUUGCAGGUGCCUUUGCCUUGUAUAAUAAAGAUCAGCUCACUCCUGUCAAACUUCCAAACUCUAGUAUUCCUUCUCUGGUUACUGAGCACAAUGAUAUAGGGGGUGGAAGGUUUUUUGAUCCUCGUUCAAAACAGUCUUUUAAGUAUGACCAUUUGAGAAAGGAGGCUUCUGAUCUUCAGGCAUGGGAAUCUGAUUCUGCUGUUGAGUCAUGGAGGGAUGCAUUAGAAUCCCAAUUUACUGAGUACACAGCCAACCAUUACAAGCAUGGUGUCUGUGCUGUUUUUGGUCAAAGUAGAAAUGACAGUAUAUCGCUUGUAGCAUGCAUUGAGGAUCAUCAGUUUCAACCCAAAAACUAUUGGAACGGCCGUUGGAGGUCUCAGUGGUGUGCAACUUUAACUGGUGGCACUGGAGAGCUUCAAGGAACUUUAAGGGUUCAGGUCCACUAUUAUGAGGAUGGUAAUGUCCAGCUUGUGUGUUCAAAGAAUGUUAAACACUCACUCACAUGCUCAAGUGAGGUUGAAACUGCAAAGGAAAUGGUUCGGUUGAUUGAAGAAUCCGAAUCUGAAUAUCAACUGGCGAUUAAUGAAAAUUAUCAAACAAUGUCCGACACUACCUUUAAAGCGUUGCGCCGUCAAUUACCAAUCACGCGAAGCAAAGUAGACUGGGAAAAGAUCAUUUCGUACAAAAUUGGAAAAGAAAUCAACAAGACCCAAUAACAAUAAGUUCAAUCAAUUCCGACCUACUGCCAACUGCUGGCCGAUUGGUUCAAUGUUGUUUACGGUGGUUCUAAUAAGUUACUACGAUACAUCUCUUCCGUUUAUUUACAUAUCCUAUUUUUGUUUUUCUUUUCUUUUCCCAGUUCUCUUCGUGGUUUUGUUGUGUCGAGUGUUGGAUGAUUUGAUCAAGGUUGUUUUUAGAUUAGCGUAAAAUUAUCCUGAUCAAGUUAUUUCGCGUCAUCGGUACGCUGCCUUUGUGCGCGCAUUGCUGAUGCGAUGCGCCCUUUAUUAUUAUCAAAUUAAUAUUAAAUCGUCGUCCAUUGAAAAUUUUGCAUCCGAUUUAAUUUCUUUUAUUAUCAGUGGAUUGAUUGGCUUUGGUUACUAGGUAAAAGUAAUCAAAUCAGUAUGACUGAUAUCUAGGUGUUUUGGUUUUCACUACUGAAUUUGUUCCUCAUCUUUUGCUCCUUUUCGUAUCUUUAUAUCCUGUAUGAAUGCCUAUUGCCUAUAAAGAAAGAUGUAGUGAUUCCAUAAGCCUCAUUUUGUGUUAUGGGCCGUUGGACUUACAAAGUGGAAAUACAGCCGUGUUGGAUUUGUUGAAAAUA